AUGUCAGAUCUGACGUACACAACCCCAGCUGGCCAUGGCCAGGACAACCUGAAGAACUACAAGUACAAUCAGGUCGUCCGCGUCGGCGACGUCCUCCACAUCUCAGGCCAGGGCGGCUGGGUCUACGAGACCGGCGUGAUCCACGAAAACAUCGAGGACCAGAUCGACCAGGCCUUUGCCAACAUCGACCACAUCCUCAAGGAGGCCGGCGGAAAGGGCUGGGAGCAGGUGUUCAGGGUCAAUUCCUAUCACAUCCCUCUGGAUGAGACCGCGCUGGCCGCCAUGGUCCGCAACUUUGACAAGUGGAUGCCCAACCACAAGUCCCUCUGGACUUGUGUUGGGGUUGUCAGGCUUGGCGGCGGUGAUGUGAUGAGGGUGGAGAUCGAGGUGCAGGCUUAUGACCCUCAAGGCUCCAAGGGGGCGUAA